ACCUCUCCUCACUGAUUCGAAUUGGCGGGUACACCUUACUAAAAAAGAAAUUGCUAUCUGCAAGGAUUUUUUCACUCCUAAAAUUCGAAUUCAAGACCUCACAAGGACAGCAGACAUAUAAAUAAAGAUUUAUAUUAAGCGGCACUUCAUGAUUUUUUAUUUUUUUUUGGUUAAAAGCAUGAAAAUAAGGCCCCUAGCGAUAGGGGGAAAGAAGAGUGGGCAUGUGGGCUUCUUUCGCUUUUUGGUAGUCGAAGAUAGAGUCCGAAGUAAGGUUAGUGACGGGAACUUAGCUAUCUUUUGGUCAGGUAAAAUAGGAAAAAUGCGUAAUUGGCUAAUUGCGUACAGGUGGAUUCAAUCCAUUUUACAGAUAGUCUCUAUCACGCAAUAAAUUCCUCGACGACGAUGAUCGGAAGUAUCCUUCUGCCGGCGCCGGCGCCGCUGUUAAGUCACCGGCAUCCACGGCGGCCAGGCCCUCCAUGGUCAGUGAGCAAACAAGGCCAACGCUUUAUCUCGACCGUUAUCGCAACUGACUCCGAAGAUAUCUCCGCUACUCACCGCUUACUCCGCAAAUUCGUAGCGUCAUCUUCCAAACACGUGGCUCUCAGUACUCUAUCGCACCUUCUGUCUCCGAAUACCUUGAACCAUCGCCUCUCUUCUCUUGCCCUCCCCUUGUAUUUGGAAAUCAGUGAAGCGUCAUGGUUCGAUUGGAACUCGAAACUAGUGGCGGAUUUGGUUGCAUUGCUUUACAAGCUAGAGAGAUUUGAUGAAGCUGAAAUCCUAGUUACUGAAACAGUAUCUAAAUUGGGAAGCCGAGAACGAGAUUUGUGUAGUUUCUACUGUCAAUUAGUCCAUUCACAAUCUAAGCACAAUUCGGAGAGAGGAGUUUUGGAUUUUUGUACGAAAUUGAAGCUGGUUCUCUUGUGUUCGUCGUCUGUUUAUUUGAAGCAACGAGGGUAUGCCUCAAUGGUUGAUGCAUUUUGUUCUAUUGGAUUACCGCGUGAAGCUGAGGCAUUGAUGGAAGAGAUGAAGGAAUUAGGAUUGAAAUUGUCCAAGUUUGAAUUUAGGGCUCUAGUUUAUUCAUAUGGACAAUCAGGAUACUUUGGAGAUAUGAAAAGGAUUGUAGUUGAAAUGGAGAGUAUGGGAUUUCAAUUAGAUACAGUUAGCUCGAAUAUGGUGCUUAAUUCAUUUGGAUCUCACAACGAGCUUUCAGAAGUGGUUUCUUGGCUCCAAAAAAUUGAAGCUUCAGGUGUUCCGUUUUCAAUUAGGACUUACAAUUCGGUGUUGAAUUCGUGCCCCACGAUUAGUUUAUUGCUGCAAGAUCCGAAGAGUGUCCCUCUUUCUCUGGAAGAGUUAAUGGGUAAUCUGGAUGAGAAUGAAGCAGCUUUGGUGAAGAUAUUGGUUGGAUCAUCGGUUUUGGAGGAGACAAUGCAGUGGAAGCCUUCGGAGUUGAAGCUGGACUUGCAUGGGAUGCAUUUGAGCUCUGCUUAUGUGAUAAUAUUACAAUGGUUUCAUCAGCUUCAAUGCAAGUUUCUUGCUGAAAAUCUUGUUAUUCCAGCUGAAAUCACAGUGGUGUGUGGAGCAGGAAAACACAGCGUUGUUAGAGGAGAAUCCCCUGUGAAAGGGUUGAUCAAGGAAAUACUGCUGCGGGCUGGAUGUCCACUCAGGAUUGAUAGGAAGAACGUUGGAUGUUUCAUUGCUAAGGGAAAAAUUUUCAUGGAGUGGUUAGCAAAUUAUAAUGCCACUAUACAUGAAAGGAUAUCCUGACAGCCACAAGUCUAGAUGAUUAAUCAAUGUUUAAUGAAGAAAGAUGAUAUCACGAGAGAGUACAAGAAGAAGCAGAAGAUAUUGAAUUGGAUCGAUCCCUAUCAAUCCAGUUGAUUAUGAUUGACAGUAGAAACACGAUCAUCGGGUAUCCUCAAACAUGCACUUUUCUGUUAGAAUCAGUGAGACCGCUGAUAAGAGAAAGGUAAAUCAUCAUUAAUUGUUGAAGCGUGCUGCUUUUUAUUGAACAAUCAUCCUCAGCUAUUGAAGCAUCUAAAAUUUUGCUGAAUAUCGUGAGCUGUUCUAGCAUUUAAUAUUUGGUCAUUGGUCUAAUUAGCUGUGUUUCACAAUUGCAAAACUCAUGCAUAGAAGUCCAACAAACAAAUCGAGCUGCAUAAGCAGUUCAAUGCAGCAUAGAAGUAAGCAAAAGCAGCGAUUUGCACCCAAAAUGGAGAACCAAUUGUUGCAAGAUAUCCUGUGUAAGCAAUAUAUGAAGUCAUUACUCUUGCAGGCUUUAUGAGCAAAUUCUUAAAGAUCAAGGUCCUUGUUUGGAUGAUUAUUCAUAAUAGUGGAAGACAAACAUGAGGGCAAAACUUAUUUGCAGCAUAGAUUGCUCUACCUAACCAAUCACAUUACAAUGUCUACUGCUCUGUGGAGAACACUGGGUAGCAAAAACAUUGUCAUUCUGUCUCGUGAUGGUAUUCAAAAAACUGUCAGCAAAAUGCAACAUCCACCUUUCUACAAGAUUUGCUAGACCAUCGGUGUACUAAGGAGUAUUUACAAGUUCUUUGGGUCAAGAAGUAGGAACCUCUCCAACAAGUAUAGUCAACGAGCUUUCCCUUCCACAUCAAGAGGCAAUGAUGUGUAGCUACAACACGAACAACAAUUCUGUGCAAUUGUGCUUCAAAAUUUCUGAUGUCCAGCCAGACUUUAGCAAGGUCAGCACAGAAGUUAGGCCCAUUAUUUUAUCCGUGGUAUAUAAAUGUUAGAUCAAUGAUCAGUAGGUGGAAAGAAUCCUUGUACUAAAAGAUUCAGGCAACUGAAUGCAAUUCACUCAACUAACCACUUCCUUCUUGCGAAGACGAUACUCAUUGCAAGAAGAGGAUUUACUGGUUUACUAUUACUUAAAAGAAUCUCACUUCAAAGUAGCUUAGCAAAAGCCGCCUCCUAUUAAAUUUAUCAUUUACAAGAAAUGUUGCACUUUAUGGGCUCGUCUAUAGGUGAAUCCUCCAAUAUUACAAUCCUACUUGAUCCCAAUCGAUCCCGAAUUGCUCAUUGGUGUAAUCCAUUUUCAUGCCACAUUAUAAAAAGGAAAUUUUAUAACCUUGUUUUC